AUAGAAAAAUGUUUGAAUUACAAAAUCAUUCUACACGCUUAACAUUCACACUGGCAUUGUUAUUGUUUAUGAGUGGUUUGUGUGUGUUUGGGGUGUAAAUAAGUAAAAUGGGAAAAUGUGCAAUGUUCUCAACGUAUACAAAUUAUUUCUAGCCUAAAGUGGGGCAAUCAAUUUUCCAUACAAAAUGAUGUUGUUUUUUAAGCCAAAUUUUCCGGCAAAAAGUGUUUAUUACUCUCAAUGACAAGCAUUUACCGAGAUCAUUCAACUACCAACAUUUGUAUUACCAUUUUACCAUUAACAUUCCACAUAAAGUUUAAUCAUUUAGCUCGAACAUUUUUGUUGUGCACAUUUUAGAAUCGUAAUUGUGUUUUGGAAUGCGUUGUUGGCAUCGAAACCGUUACAAUAUCCAUCGAAUAGCGAAUCCGUGCCGAUUUGUGCAAAUACUAAUCAACACAAUUCUACAUGAACUGUUUGGAUAUGUGUGUUUGUUUUGUGUGUGUGUGAACACUUCUCUGAACGUAAUCAAUAAAUGCACGAUCAUACACACACACACACACACAAUGAUUAUAUGUUUCGAAGUGAACUAAAUACUUAAUCUCCAGUGUACUGUGUAGUUAGACUGUGUGUCUGUGUAUGCAGAUUGAACUGGUUGUUUGAGCACACCAAAUAAUAGGUCUCAAUGAGCACUCAAUUUACAUUUAAUGCUUAAAAAUGGAUUGCGAAGAAAAGACGAUUGCUCAAAUGAUGCUUGUAUUUGUACUUGUACUCGUGCUCGUAUGAUUGAAUAUUUGCACUUGUGUCAGCGUCAGCACCUCGGCUGCUCGAAGGCAACAGCAUUAUCAUCAUCGUCGUUGUCGUCGUCGUCGUGGCUGUGCACCACAGCAAAUAAAGCACAAGCGAGCAAGCGAACGAUUUACUUUGAUGGAAUAAAUCAGGCAUCGAUAAUAAAUAGCAAUUUAUACCGCCCCAUCAAAAUGAGUAAGCACCAUGAAGGCAGAGUGAAUAAAGAGCACAAAGUUUUAGUGGCUGACAUAAAUGUUUCAUCAAAAGUGUCAAAACUUUUUUAUUUUUGUGGUUGUUUCUUCGUUCUUUGGUACUGUGGGUGGAUUUCAAAUUCAUUCGUUGCAGCUGACAUACAUACUUAUGGGCCUUCCGACUUUAAAGGGGAAGUGAUUUUAAAUCGACGUAUUUUCAUACGAAACACAACCGUACCAACAAAUUAUACGGUACUCUACAAAUAUGUACUAAACAAAUUGGCUGGAGUGGUGUCCUACGUGGAAUUCAAUGUGGCAAAUUGUGUGAGCACCGGAACGGUUGAGCUAUUGUUGGGUGAAGGCGUGCGACAAGAUACGGUUGUCACAGUAAAUUUGCAUGUAAUGAAUUGUGAACAUCUCCAUAUAAAUGGCCGAAUACUCGGUACAGAAGCAUCUGUAGCCACACAACUGGCAUUCGAUCCCUUUCGUGCCGAAAUCUACGGUGAUAAACUCUUUGAGCCAAAAUCAUUUGCACUCAUUUAUGCGCACAACGAAACUCGGUCCAUGGAUCGAUUCUUUAAGAUUGGUCAACGACAAACAAACGAUACCGUACUCAUGUUCGAUGAAAUUAUUGUCAAAAAUGAAUUGAGCCCAUUUCCACAAUAUGAAAUCGAAUACAACGAACCAAAUGUGUUCAUAACACAAAUUGAAUUCCAAUUCGACUCGCCGACUGCAACAGCAUUCUUGAACAGUUCGUUUAUUCAACCGCAUAGCUUCAAUGCAAUCGUUUAUGAUCUGAAUCGGCCACAAUUUACCGUAAAUUUCAAUGUUUACGGAUACCGUGCCAGCGACAAACCAUCACAAUACAAGUCAAUCCUAACAUUUUAAUGCAUCGGCAGCCAUCGAGAACAACAACGGCAGCAGAAAUAAAAUGGCGCGCUAUCAGUGCACUAUCUACAUAUAAUGAAAACCUAUGGUGAAAACAAUAACAGCAAAUCAGAUGACAAAACGACUCACAGCCCAACCGAGAGGAAUGUGCUAUCCGCUUCUUUUUUUUUGUUACUAGAUACAGUAAAAAUUGUUUGUUAGUCGUUUUAUUUUCAUGAAAUAUCAUACAUUUCUACAUUUUAUGGCAAAUUAAAUGAAAUUUAUGUUCAUUCUACAAUGACGAGAAAUAAAAACAUGUCUAUUUGGUUCUUACAUUUUGC